CUCAGAAACAAAACGGAAGCGCGUGCAAUUUAUCCCCAAGAUUAAUUUUUUAAGAUUAAUAAAUCGUGAAAUUUUGUCAUCAGUCAGCGAUACUCCUCGUGAAUUCUAUACUCGAUUGAAUUAAAAAAAAAAAAGAACGAAACGUGAUGGAUGACAAGCGCGUCUCCUCGAUGGAUGAAGCGUCUGUCAUCUUGAACGAUGCAUCUCAAGAUUCGGAGUUUCGAGACUGCAAAAUUCAUAAAUGUCACUUGGAGAAACGCGACGACACGCGGAAAGAAAGUACGCAAAACGUGAUUAAUCACGAAAAUGUGCCCGCGAUUUACAUCGAGACGUCGGACGAGGACGAUGCAUCCGAGGGAUUGUCGGGCGACGUCGAGCGAACGGAGAUUCGACUUCCUCUCGCAACAGAUCCAGAAUUAGUCGUCGACUACGAAAGAGAAUUCUCAUCUCUCCUUCACGAACGCGCUGAGAAGCUGCGGUCGGAGAUGACGAGCCUCCAGGAAAAAUUGAGCAAGGAGAUGAAUCUUUGGAGAAAGGAGAAGGAGGAGUUUCAGCUUUUACGUGAGAGAAGCGAUGCACUUGCGUUCGAAGAGGCAACCGCGGCCGCGCGAGCCGCUGCUGCGGCUUAUGCCGUUGAAUCGCCGCUCUCGAGCGAUUUGGGGAUCACCAGUAACAUCGUCGACUUCACGUCGGAACGGAGCAUCAGGGAACUCGCGAUACUCGAGUACGAGAAGAAUCUCGCCAAGUACCACGACCGACACGCCCUCGAGCAAGCCGAGCAACGUUACAACACGUACAAGCGCGUGCUCGUCGACGCCUACAGGCACAGGCUGUCGGAGGUCGAGCGCCUAUGCGACGAGGAACUGGAGAACAUACGGCAAAACGCGAGCUGCCUGCAGCCGUUCAAGGAGAUCGCGUCGCAGUGGUCCGUCGACGAGAACGAUCACGGCGAUUCGCAGCACGUUUGCGACGAUCAGUCCGAGUCCAUCGAGCCGUCGAAAAUCGUCGACGCCAGUCCGAGCGACGUAGACUGGUGCAUGUACGGGAAGAUCAACAACGAGGUCAACAUGAUCCCGGAAAUUUUGUCCGCCCGCUUCACACGGGAAGGGGCAACAUAGGAGCUUGCUUGUCUUGCUUUCUAUUUUUAUUUAUUAUUAUUAUUACUAUUUUGUGUAAUUAUACACACUGCGCAGCUUUACUUUGUAUUCUUUAUAAGAGACUAAGAUGAAUUUCUUCUUUUCUUUUUCUGCCCGCGGCGAACUGUGAUGACACAUCGCAGAUAGCACGGCAAUUUGGUCCGUGCUCUGGCAGCAAUUAAAGGCAAUUGAACUCUAUUUUCAUGAACUCAUAUAUUUGAGACGUGUACACAUUAUAUAUACGUAUAUAAAUAGCAAAUCAAA